AUGAUUCGAAUCAGAAGAAGACAGAACAGACAGAGAAGCAGAAGUAGCUUCAGUAUUUGGCAACUGUGCUGGUUUUUGUUUGCUGUGAUUGUCGUUGUUGUUGGCAUCAGAGAGAUUUAUACAAAUGUGGAGAAAGAAGCGUCUCAACGGAACAGUUGUAUUCAAAAAAGAGAUUUUGAAAAGCAAGAGGAAUACCCGGAAAUUUUUGAUGAAAUUUACGAAGAUAUAAAAAGCUCUUCAACCGAUCAAUUAGAAGAUUCAUUGCCGCUUCCUUCCAAUUGCUAUAUUUACAAAAAUAUUAACGACGCUAGCUGUCUCAAUUUGGGAAUACCAGCAAAAGAAGCUAUUAUCUACUCAAAGUGCUUGGAGUUAGAUAAUGAUCAAAUUUUACAAGGAGGAUGGGAGUUCGACACUGGAGUCAAUUUUUCGAAUCUGAAAAUUAAAGAUUCGUGCGAAAUAAUUGAUAUCUUUACAACGGAAGAAAUGACGUUGGAAAAUUCAAGCAUCUCCCAUGAGAAUCUGCUUCAAUACAUCCUCGGAGGAGUCGUUGGAGGAUUACUGAUUCUGACGUUGCUCAUUUUCAUCACAAUGAAAGUGAUCAUCCCCAAGCUCUGCCCUAGAAAUCCAACCGCCACCAGAGUCAUUCAAAAUCUCGGUGGAACUGUCGUCAUAAACGAGCGAAAUUCAAACUUGCCCGGAAUGGCCGAUCUCCCACCAGAAUACGGUGACAUCGAAAACUACCCGAAAGAUGAUCCAGUUCCCUCCCGACCCCCAAGAGCCGGAGAGGCACAUUCAAACCCUGCUUUUUCUGAUUCAACUACUGUAGUUCUUCCUCCUCCGCAGUAUUCUGAAAUAAAUUCUAAUAGAUAA